CAGUGAAGUGUAGCCAAAUUUACCUUCAAAACCCCUUAGGAAGUCUCCAUGCUGAAGUAUAACAAUGGCUCUCAAUAAGUUUAACCAGCUGGUUUUUCCUCCAGUAUGGGAACAGACUGCUCUUUCUUCAGUGGAGCACCGGAUGUAGCUGGCUUGCAAAGAGGCCAUAUUGUUUAAAACAGACGAAUCUUUCAGACCAAAUCUGCCCAGGCUCACAGAAGGAGAGGUGGAUGGGAACUGACACUGAUGGAAGAAUUGUAUCUCCACCUCCUGUGCUGGUUUGGUGGGAUUACAGAAAGACUCACUCUCACUAUUCACAUUGUUAUUCAUUUUCUCUCUUUCUCUCCUUUCCUUCCUUCCUUCUUCCCUCCUUUUCUCCCUCCCUCCUUUUAUUUGUUCUAAUUGCUGAUAAUUUACACAAGCUUAAUACUCUUAUAAUGAGAGGCUAUUACAUUUAUUCAGCCUGAAUUGAACAUGGCUCGUGACAGGGAAUUCUACCUCAGCUGGCAGCCGUUUCCCUUUGCUGGAUAUCGUUGGCAACCUAGUGUUGAGGUAGGACCCGCUUCUCUUCCAUUUCUGUGCUUUCGUCCCGGUUGUGUCUCCUGGAACGAUGGAGGGCAUCUCUUCUCCCCUCCCUGUGGAAGCUUUCCUGAAUUUGUGACAUCGUACUUCAACCAUUUUUAUUAUGGGGUGGUUUCCAGAUGCCCCACCCUCCUGGUUUGCCUUUAACGUUUGCCUCACUGAGAAGAGAAGGAUCGUGGGUCUUGGGCAGAGCCCGUGGUUUCCCUCAGCUCCUUCACUGACUGGCUGAGCAGCAGUAACAGGGGAAUGGCAGUGCCACAAACGGAGUGGCGGAAGCACACCUCCAAGACAGCCUCUCUGCAGCUCCAGCCCCAGAAGCUUGCAUCUCAGAUUUGUGGAUGACACCUGGUGAAGCAGCGAUGCGAGCCCAAUGUGAAAUCCAAAGUCCUGGCCCGGGGUCGUGCAGUCCAAGGGGCUGGAUGGCAUGCUGGACCCAAGCUCAGCUCAGCGUCUGGGCCCAAUAACAGCUUUUCCGAAGGAGCAGCUUUCUGUCCUGGCCACACUGAGGUGCACAGCGUAAUGUCCAUGUUGUUCUACACUCUGAUCACAGCUCUUUGGAUCGGCGUCCAGGCAGAAGCGCACACCCAGAGCAAUGUCCCAGCAGGACACGCCAUCCCCCAAGCCCACUGGACUAACCUUCAGCACUCCCUUGACACAGCCCUCCGCAGAGCCCACAGCGGCCCGGCAGCCGCGAUAGCCGCCAGGGUGGCAGGGCAGACCCGCAAGAUCACCGUGGACCCGGAACUGUUUAAAAAGCGGCGCCUGCGUUCACCCCGCGUGCUGUUUAGCACCCAGCCCCCACCUGCGGCCGCGGACGCUCAGGGUCUGGACUUGGAGGCCGGCGGGGCCGCCCCCUUCAACAGGACUCACAGGAGCAAGCGGUCGUCGUCCCACCCUGUCUUCCACCGCGGGGAGUUCUCGGUGUGCGACAGCGUCAGCGUGUGGGUGGGGGACAAGGCCACCGCCACGGACAUCAAGGGCAAGGAGGUGAUGGUGUUGGGAGAGGUGAACAUCAACAACAGUGUAUUCAAACAGUACUUUUUUGAGACCAAGUGCCGGGACCCCAAUCCCGUCGACAGCGGAUGCCGGGGCAUCGACUCGAAGCACUGGAACUCAUAUUGUACCACGACCCACACCUUCGUCAAGGCGCUGACCAUGGAUGGCAAGCAGGCUGCCUGGCGGUUCAUCCGGAUCGACACGGCCUGCGUGUGUGUGCUCAGCAGAAAAGCUGGGAGGAGAGCCUGACCGGCCCGACAGCCCUCAACCUCUCCCAGCUCCCCCCUCCACACUCUCCGGCACCCCUCCCUACCUCAACCUGUAAAUUAUUUUAAAUUAUAAGGACUGCAUGGUAAUUUAUAGUUUAUACAGUUUUAAAGAACCAUUAUUUAUUAAAUUUUU